AUGCAGUGCCAGCCCCCGCCGCGGCCCGGCCGCCCCAAGGCAGGCAGGCGGCGCUACAAGACCUUCAUGAUCGACGAGAUCCUCUCCAAGGAGACCUGCGAUUACUUCGAGAAACUUUCCCUCUACUCCGUGUGUCCGUCUCUGCUGGUCCGGCCCAAGCCGCUGCACUCUUGCGCCGGAUCUCCUUCUCUGAGGGCCUAUCCUCUCAUCUCUGUCAUCACCAGGCAGCCCUCUGUGGUCCCUCAGCUCGUGCCAGCUGCCUCCAGCCCCCGUGUGCUGCCGGCCCAGCCGUGCUCGGGGCCCGCGGGCUCGGAGGCGCCGGCCAGCGAGACCCAGGGCAGCAGCGAGUCGGAGGCAGAGCAGCCCGGGCCUCGCUUGAAGAAGCCACGCAGGAGUAGGACCAUCUUCACAGAGCUCCAGCUCAUGGGCUUGGAGAAGAAAUUCCAGAAGCAGAAGUAUCUCUCUACCCCUGACAGGCUCGACUUAGCCCAGUCACUGGGGCUGACUCAGCUCCAGGUGAAGACAUGGUACCAGAACCGUAGGAUGAAGUGGAAGAAAAUGGUGCUGAAGGGAGGACAAGAAGCUCCAACAAAGCCCAAAGGCCGUCCAAAGAAAAACUCCAUCCCAACCUCGGAGGAAAUUGAAGCAGAGGAGAAAAUGAACAGCCAGGCUCAGAAUCAGGAGCUGGAGGGAUCUCAAGCCCCUGAGGAGCCUCAAAUGACAGAAGAGAAGCCAGAAGUGUCUUUGGAGACAGAGAAGUCUCCAGAACAUAUACCAGAGCCCUCCUCAGAGGAGACAACACGAUUAAGUUAAAAGGGAAAAGGAAAGGAAAACAAGAUAAAAGAGCAAAACCA